AUUUCAUACUGAUAAAAAAAUAUGAUUUUCACAGGCAGUACCUCCGACUUGUAUGAUUUUAGACGUUUAAUGAUAUACUAACAUAGUGUAAAGUACCUAAAAGAGCGCACUUAAAUUCCAUGUUUUCGUGGCUCGACACUAUUCUAGGUGUAUUAAGAUAUUGUGAGACAGUAGCUAUCAAGUUAAAUCUGUAAUUAAUAUACAAAUGUGGGGCAACCAAGCGGAUCUAGUCCAGAUUAUUACAGUAUCGAACAAAACUCAAUAUAAUGGCGUUUUAUAAUUCACUGUCUAAUUAUUUAUUGGUCGAUAAUAAACAGAUUUAUUUUAUGCACUUUAAUCGCUUGCUGCGGAACAUUAAUUUGGGUCCCUGUAUCAAUAAUAGUUAUCUUGAAAUCUACUGCAUUUAAAGCCGUUCGAGAUACAAUCAAAUUACCUCUGCUAAUAAAUAUACCCUGUUUCCGAACAUAAUUUAAUGUUAUAGACCAAAUGCAGACUGGAAUGUUUCGUUGUUAGUUCACGUUUUCGCGUAUUUAUUGAACUACUUAUACAUUAUAUGCAGGUGCAAUUUGUACCUUGAAGUCUAUAACAACAUAGUAUCAAGUUCACGAUCGCAUAUAAAACAAGUGCAGAAAGAUUGAUGCGUUAUGUUAUACAAGUAAUAUCUGAUAAUGAUCACACUGACCGACAUCCGUCAGUGGAGCGUGCAAUAAGCGGGCGUUCACGACGCGCGGCGCGGCACGCACCGCACACGCAAUUGGAGCAAAACGUCGUAUCAUUAACGUUUAACUAUUUUAGAUUGCAGCAAUACAACCCAGCAGUCAGCACAUAGGAACCACCCAAUAUGUUUUAUUUUGAAAUAUUAAGUUAUUACGGAUGGUUCCUAAUCAAAUAAAUCAUGCGCGCAAUUGAUCAGUUUCCGAUCUGAAGUUAACUGAAAAUGUUUGAGGUGCUCGUCCUGCGCACCGAGGCAUUGAGCCCUCUUUACAUAUUAACUCGCGUUUUCACUGGCCGAAGGCUGUUCUAUGAAAAUGAGGAAGCCUGAUGCAACUCUGGGUGAUUGUUGUUACAGCUAGAGCGAGUGCGCACCAAACAUUCCACAUCCGCAACAUAGGAUAUGAAGGUCUAAAGCAAUCGCCUAUAAAUGCCUUCAGAGUGUACUUUGCCUAGCAGUGCGUUUUUGACAUCAACUGUCAGUGCGUCUCCGGCAUAAUGAAUAUUUACGUAGCGAUAUCGUGCCUCCUCGCCUUGACGGCGUCUGUCGUGGCUGACGGACUAUUGGGAGGAGGACUAGUAUACGCACCGGGUCAUGCCUCAGUAGAUUAUUAUGCCUAUCCCAGAUAUGCCUUCGAGUAUGCAGUGAGAGACCCUCACACGGGAGACAACAAGGCACAAUGGGAGAAACGAGACGGAGACGUAGUUAAAGGAGCUUACUCACUGGUGGAGCCAGACGGCAGUUUACGUAUAGUAGAAUAUUGGGCAGACGAUAAAUCAGGUUUCAAUGCUGUUGUGAAGCGCCUUGGACCUAACCUGCAUCCCGUGUCAGCCCCAGCAUCCAUCUACAAAGCACCCAUUCCAAUAUUAGGACAUGGUUCAGCCAUUGCCCCAAUUUCCGUUGGACCUAUAGCCAAACUGGGAGGAUUAGCUGGCGCGCCUCUUAUCUCAGGCCCAAUUAUUGGAGGAGCUGUAUCUUCUGCUAAUCUUAUAAAAGCGGCUCCCAUAGCAGUUGCGCCCAUCGCCCCGAUAGCACCAAUAAUCAAAACACCGAUUGCGCCAAUUGCACCCAUUGGAUAUGGAUCAUUAGGAGCGAUUGCAAAACCCAUUGCACCCAUAGCUCCAUUAUUGCCCUCGUACGGAGGACUCCCCGGCCCCAUUUACAAGGCUGGCCCAGUAUACUCUGCUCCUCUGCCGGGUCCCAUAAUCAAAUCUGGACCAAUAAUAACAGAAGGUUUGGGAGGUUACUCAGGUCUGCCUCUGUUGAAAGCUCCUAUUAAUUUGGCAGGCAUCGGAGGAUACGCGGGACUGAAGGGCGAUGGUCUUUUAGGAUAUGGCGGUUAUGGAGGCCUGAAGGGUGACGGUCUAGGAUAUGCAAGCAUUGCGGGCCUGAAAGGUGAUGGCCUACUAGGAUAUGGCGGCUUAGGAGGACUGAAAGGCGAUGCUUUGAUCGGAUUAGGCGGAUACGGAGGCCUGAAAGGCGAUGCUCUGGCAGGGUACGCCGGACUCGGGAACUUAGGCGGUGGAUACAUCAAAGCCCCUAUUGGAGUCAGUGGAGGAUUAAGUGACCUUGGUCACGGCAUUCUGAAUACGUGGGGCGCUGGCGGCUCAAUAGGAUCUCUUUAUGGCAAACACUGAUUAAUUUUAUACCUAACCUAGAGAAAUUUCAACUUGAUGCCGCUGUCCAUUGCUACUACUACUACUUCUAUACUUUACUAAGUUGAGUCCUCUUUACAGAGAGUUAAAGGAGGACGAUAAAGUCAAGUAACUUUUGUACAUAAGCUAUUUAAUAUUUAUGUUACUAAUUAUAAGUCAGACUAGCACUAAUAAAGCAUAGACCACCAUGUGGUUAUA